AUGACCGAGCCAAGUAAUUACCUGAUUGAGAGAACUAAUUAUGUUAAUUCUCCCAGUGAAAGCAGUAGUGAAGAAGAGAGUAGUGAUGAAAGUGAAACGGAGGACAGUGAAGAAAAACCAAUGGAAUACGGAAGGACUGAAUUUGAAGGAGGCAGAACCGGACCAUUGGAUUGGUCUGAGACCAUGGUUCAGACUUUGAAUAAAAAUGAUUAUGAAAGUAUUGAUUCAGAACCAAACUCUGAUAUUAUCAAUAAUUUACCUGUUUCUGAUGUAUGGAAUCAUUUUGAAAAAAUUGAAGAUUUAAGAACUAUGGAAAUUAAAUCUUACAAAUGUAAUUUAUGUGCGAAACUAUAUAAAUCUUCUUGUGCAACUUCUACACUUUGGCGUCACCUAAACAAUAAACAUACUUCAAUUUAUUCGAAUAAUAGUAGACAAACAACACUCACUUCUUACCAAUUUCGACCUUAUAGUGAAGCAGAAUCUAAGCAUAUUACAAUACAAUUAAUCAAGAUUCUUGAAGAUUUUAACAUGGGAGAUAAUGCAGCCAACAUGGUGUCUGCUGGAGAAAAGCUAUCAAAUGAAUUGGAAUUAAGAUUUGGAAACUCGUUUUUCAAACAUUAUAGAUGUGUGGCACAUAUCAUAAAUCUAGCAGUAAGACAUGAUGUUGAUAUAAGGUGGAACUCCACUCAUUUAAUGAUUGAAAGAUUCAUUGAAAUAAGAUCUAUUAUUGAGUGUUUAGUUAAUAAUAAUUAUGAAGAAUUGCAGGAUUUAUGUUUAACCACAUCAGAUUGGAAGCAUAUUGGAGAAUUAUACCAUAUCUUAGAACCAAUGUAUGAAGCAACCAAAUUAUCAUCAUCAUCUUCAUACCCAACAAUGGGUGAUGUAAGAUUAGCUUUUAUUGGUAUGUUCACCACACUAGACCAUUAUCUUGAUGCACAAUUACAACAAUCAAUGAUUGCAUCCUCAAUUUCAGUAAAACUUGAUGAAUAUUGGAGAAUAUUUUUAGAUCAAUCACCAUCAUUAAGUGCCAUUUUAGGUCCUAGAACAAAGUUAACUACCUUUGGGUGA